AACACAAGUAUCAUGGUUUAAAGAUGGCAAAACGCUGCGCUCGGGCGCUCGAGUGCGUCUUCUGUCCAAGGAGCACAUUCGCAUCACAUCCAUCGUCAAGGAGGACAAGGGCAUGUAUCAGUGCAUCAUUAAGAACGAUAUCGAGUCAACACAAAGUUCUGCCGAACUGAGAUUGGGAGAGGUGUCGCCUCAGUUGCUCUACAAGUUCAUUGAGCAGACAAUGCAGCCAGGACCUUCAGUUUCCUUAAAAUGCAGCGCAAGCGGUAAUCCUACGCCCAAAAUUGUUUGGCACUUGGACGGCUUUCCGCUACCCAACAACGAUCGUCUAAUGAUUGGCCAAUAUGUGACCACGUUCGGCGAUGUCAUCAGUCAUGUGAAUAUAUCAGCAGUUAAAUCGGAAGAUGGCGGCGAUUACGAGUGCAAAGCGAUUUCUCGAGCUGGCGAAGCUUCACAUUCUGCUCGGCUAAAUAUUUAUGGCAUGCCUUAUAUUCGACACAUGCCCAAGUUGUCGGCAGUCGCUGGAAAAGUGUUCUCCCUUAAGUGUCCCAUUGCUGGCUAUCCCAUCGAGAGUGUUUAUAUCGAGAAAGACGGCAUGCGAUUGCCCAUAAAUAUGUGACAGCGUGUUCAAAAUGGAACUCUGGUAAUCGACAAUGUGCAACGAGCUGCCGAUCAAGGAACUUACACUUGCAUCGCUCGCAACAAACACAAUUACACCUCGCAGCGAUCCGUUGAAGUCAAAGUGCUGGUUCCACCCAAGAUUACACCAUUCUCAUUCGCACGCGAUCUGAACGUCGGUGACCGCACAAGUAUUCAGUGCGUUAUUGGCACCGGGGAC